CAUUCCUGGAUGAGGAUGUUAGAUCCUUCUGGUGCACAUUCCAGCGUAGGACACCGGGACCCAGUCGAAGGGGUGGAUGGUUAUCUUGGUGAGGGACACCCUGGAGCUAAACGUGUUAUUGGCUUUAGUUUCAUAACAUGCGUCUCAUCCUCCUGAUUGUUGUGGUGCUGCCCCUGGUGGUAGAGCGGGUCACUGCAGACAGAAUCCUGUCCAGAAGAACCAGAAGGGAGCUUGCUAGUCCGCUGCAUGUCGGUGGGAUCAGAGACCCGCAUGGCUCUUACUGCCAGAGGAGAGGAGGGUGCUGCCCCGGCAGAGACGACCUGUGCACGGUGCCUUACCUGGACACCAUCUGCUACUGCGACUUGUUCUGCAACCGGACCGUCUCCGACUGCUGCCCUGACUUCUGGGGUCACUGUCUGGGUGUUCCACCGCCUCUCAUUGACGCCUGUGAAAGGAAUGGAAACCGAUUCUUCACGGGGCAAACAUACAAAGAAAACUGCAAUCUCUGUACCUGUGGGCCUUCAGGACGCUGGGAUUGUGAGCAGAACCCUUGUCUCGUCGAGCCCACCAUUAUCCACGCCGUCAACAGAGGGAACUAUGGGUGGAAAGCAGCCAACUACAGCCAGUUCUAUGGCAUGACGUUGGCCGAGGGAAUCCGCUACCGUCUGGGCACUCAGAGACCUUCCAGCACCAUCAUGAACAUGAACGAGAUCCGGGUGAACAUGGAUCCUCAGAACGAUCACCUGCCACGCUACUUCAACUCCACAGAGAAGUGGCCGGGGAAGAUUCACGAACCCUUGGAUCAGGGCAACUGUGCUGCUUCCUGGGCCUUUUCAACGGCAGCCGUAGCUUCAGACAGGAUCUCCAUCCAGUCAAUGGGUCACAUGACUCCUCAGCUGUCUCCACAAAACCUCAUCUCCUGUGACACCCGUAACCAGGACGGCUGCGCUGGAGGACGUGUGGAUGGAGCUUGGUGGUUCCUCCGCCGUCGAGGAGUUGUGACAGAGGACUGCUACCCGUACACGCCCCCACAUCAGACGCCAGCGGAGGUGGCUCGCUGUAUGAUGCAGAGCCGUUCGGUUGGUCGGGGGAAGAGGCAGGCCACGCAGCACUGCCCCAACACGCACAACUACCGCAACGACAUCUACCAGUCCACACCCCCUUACCGGCUCUCCUCCAACGAAAAGGAGAUCAUGAAGGAAAUCAUGGAUAACGGUCCAGUUCAAGCCAUCAUGGAGGUCCAUGAGGACUUCUUUGUCUACAGAAGUGGGAUCUACAAACACACUGAUGUCAGCUUCGCCAAGCCGCCACAAUACCGCAAACAUGGCACACACUCUGUCAGGAUCAUUGGGUGGGGAGAAGACAGAGAUUUCAAUGGAACACCAAGAAAAUUUUGGAUUGCUGCCAACUCCUGGGGGAAGAACUGGGGAGAGAACGGCUACUUCCGCAUCGCUCGUGGCGACAACGAGUGCGAGAUCGAAGCCUUUGUGAUCGGCGUGUGGGGCAGAAUCACAAUGGAGGACAUGCACAACCACCACCACCAUCGCCGCAGACACAUUUAAAGACACGGCAGAGGUGGUGCAAAGGAAAACCACACAUUGACAGUUCUUGCCAGCGCGCUGACCGGAACGGCCACCACAUCAAACACUCUGGGACUUUUCCAAUCUCGACAACCUUUGCAACUUUCUCUUUAACCUCAUGUUCAUGGCACCAAAAAAGACUUUGCCUUGCAAUCAGGCACCUCAGGUACAUUCUGCUCCAAAGACCACACAUCCCAGAGCCCUCUCAAAACUAUCCAAUGGAAAGUUUUGAUUACGCAAGGAGAACCUUGGUCCAGUUCCUUUUGUUCUUUUUUUUUUAGCUCUAAAUCGAAAUGAUUCCAAGGGACACGUUCCGAGAGGGGUGUCUCGGAGGAGUGGAAAUCCGAGAGGUAGAUUACCAGACACGAGUCCCUUUGAUAGAGACACACCCAGCCGGACGAUGAAACCCGAUGAUAUACCGUAGAUGACCUUAGAGCUACAACGACACAAUGGUAACCAUUUUCCUCUGCUCUGGGAGUUUCCACACAUUCAUCUGAAGCAUUCGUCUUAAUGUCACCGCUGUUACACUUUGAGCUGAAGACGUUCCAGUUUAAGGAGCCUUCACCUUUGGAUUCAACACCUACCUUUUUUUUAGUCCAACACAGAAAGCGAAGCCCAGCGUGUUUUAGAUUACGGCCCAGCCCGCUUUGGCUUUGACUUCAAAAGGAAAUGUCCUUUCUCUCCUUUCAUGUCUUGUGAUCUCCAGGAUGUUUCCCUCAGUCCCUUCAGGCGUGAACGGGCAGGAAGGCCCAACGGAGAAAUACCUGGAUGAGCAAGCAAUGUGCAGAAGCCUGGGAUUAUCGUAGCUCGCGUUGUUCCGGACCUUUGUUUUCAGUUUGAGAAUCAGAAUCAGCUACACAUGCCUGGUUGUCCUGUGCUUCCAUAAAAACAGACCUGUUUCACAUAUUAUUAAUCAUGACUCAGCGUUAGCGAUCCAAAGGUUACAGUCUGGAGGUUGGAUGAAUUUUUGUUGUCCAAUAAAUGACAUUAUGAGGUGUAAACAUCAAGUCUUAUAACUGUUCCAGACAAACCAGAUACAAUUAUUUUCUAUUUCAGGAUUAAUAAUAUUAAUUGUUAUUGAUUUUCUUUCAGUUUUACUCCCAGUCCCAAAAAUAUCAACAUCUUCCAAAAACUUUGUCAGCAAAAAGUUGUAUAUUUAGUGUCACAAACCACUUGUUGUGCUAGCUUUAUUUAUAAAAAGAUUUGUAAAUGUACUUUUAUUUUUCUUUGUUGUCCAGUGCAAUGUUCCUGAAUCACUCAUAUCUCUUGUACCGUGUGCACUAAACUCAUCACCAGAUAAGUGUUCACUUUCUCAAUAAAGUCUUUCCAAAACAAA